AAAUACCCUUUGAAACAAACUCUUUUCGAAAAUCAACCUUUUUUCGAUAAAACAUCAUGAUUACAUUCAAAAUUCAAUUAAUUUCUCAUUAAUCAUUAGGGUAACAUUGAAAACUUGUAAAGAAGAAAUUAACUCAUGUAUUUUUCUCUAGUCUCUAAAGAUUUUAAAUUAGUUUCAUGAUUACAUACUAUAAUAUUCAAUUACAUUAUAAAAAUUAAAAAAUAACACUUGUCAUCACUUUUUAUAUGCAGUUUCUAUUGGUAUGGGGCUCAAAUAUAUCGAUAUUUAUUUUUUUCAUCCCAAUUUAUACAUUUUUAAACAUUAUCGAAAUUAUGAUGAUUAUAUAAAAAAUGAAAAAAAUGUGGCAAAAAACUAUUUUUUUCUUCGACUCCACAUGGAAUCGUACUAAUUUGAAAUAUUAAACAAACGUAUCUACCUACCCAUAUGUCUGCAAAAAUAUAAUUUUAAUUUUUUCCCCAAAUUUUUGCUACUCAAAAAGAACAACUUUUAAUCGGCGGCGACUGUGAUCCGCCGGAAAAUCUUCUGCCGGCUAAGUAUGUUGUCAUCUACAUUGAAACCAGUAGUGGGUUCACUUCCUACAGUGUCAGAACCAAAUGGCUCUCAAACAAGAUCAGCACCUUCAUUAGCAAUGUUGAAGUUGAACAAAACUAUCUUUUCUCCUCUUCAGUUGACAGGCAACGGAAAGGAGUUACCUCGGCAGGAGACAACCGCAACUGCUGUUUCAAGAAGAGAAUUGGUAGGUUUGGCAGCUACAACAUUAGGUGGACUUGCCCUUUUCGCUGCAGAACCUGCUGAGGCAGUUGAAGUAGCUGAUAUCGGGAACUCAAUCAAGGAGUUGUUUGGAUUUCUCAAAGGCAAGCCAAAAACAGGAGCUGACAACGAAAAUAAACCAAAGAGCGAAACUGAUGAGAAGAAGCCAAAAAUAGAAACCCAUGGAAACAAACCAAAGAUUGAAGCUGAUGAAAAGAAGUCAAAAGUUGAUAACCAUGGAAACAAACCAAAGGUUGAAGUUGAUGAAAAGAAGCCAAAAAAUGAAGACGAUAAGAAGGCGGCAUCAACCCCUCAUCACUCAGAGAAGGAAAAAGUGUCAUCUUCUUCUGCUGAUGCACCAGCCCUUCCCAGCAUUUUGAACAACACAGUUACCUAACUUCUCAUUUACAAAUGCUGUUGUGCUCAGAUACAUUUUCAAGAAACUUGACAAUCUUUUCUAAUGCUACAAUUCAUUGUUGCUAAACUCAUGUCUAAAUGAAACCUUAGACAAGGUUUGUAUAGUUCAAUGAGUUAAAUGUCAAGACUAUUGAAGUACUUUCAUUUCAAAGAUUUUCAUUUUAUAUGUC